UUAGCCACUGUGCUAUUGUAACCGGUUCUCCUUCGGAUAGUCGCCAUAUUAGGAGGUAUUAUUCUGGCAAUCGGUUUCCUCAUUACCUCUAAUGUCAACAAGAUAGAAUAUCUUUACGUGAGUUUCGGACUUAUAGGAGGGGUAGGCAGGUCUUUCGUAUAUACCCCAAGUGUAGUGAUAGUCACCAUGUACUUCAACCACGCCAAGAGUACGGCCUAUGGUGUGGCUAGUGCCGGAAGUGGUCUGGGAAUGUUAAUUGUUCCACCAAUAUUGCAGCUUCUCUUCACCAAACAUGAUUUCUACAGUUCCAUGCUGAUGCUGAUGGCGGUGGCGUUGUUUCUGUGUGUCGGUGGCAGUCUCUAUCGACCACCUCCUUUCACUCCAGAGAAGAUAUGUUUACGAAGCAGUCCGGAGACAGAUCGACUCUCAAGAACACAGAGUGAAGAUCCAGAUAAAUACUCACCUGCACCGUACCAUGACAUCGAACCUGGAACGCCAUCUACAAUUCUUUCUAUGGAUACCACGGAGAUGACCACCACAACGACGGUAACCACGCUUCUGAAGGAAACCCAGCAAGACGUCAACGAAAAUCUACAAAACGACCGACAGCUUCUGGACCUUCAGGAGUCGGUGGAACCAGACUCACGAUUUCGUAAAAAACUUUGUCAUAUUUUAUGUUGUUGUUGUAGUAACAGUCACCGGCGACAACACCAUCAUAAGCAAAUUCGGUCGAAAUCGAAGUCGAAAUCGAAAUCAAAAUCGAAAUCGCUUUCGGAAGACGACUGCGAAUGCUGUAAUUGUCACAAAAACAGGACGAUGAAACAAAAUCGCAAAGUUCUUAUAGACUUGACUCUUUUAAAAGAUCCUAUGUUUCUAAUAUUUGGCACAAGCCUUUGUCUUUUCACCCUAGGCUCGCAGUCGUCUGCUGUGUUUGUCCCAGCACUUGGCAAGGAAAAAGGUUUAGAUAAUAUCAAAGCAGCAUAUUUGAUAUCGAUUCUUGGCGUUACCGAUGCAGUAGCAAAGAUCUGCGCUGGGUUUUUACUUGAUCACAAACCUUUGCAAAAAUACCGGCGUUUUUUAUACAACCUCAACGUUUUUCUAAUAUCAAUUCUCAUCAUAUUGUGUCCAUUUAUGGAAAAUUUUACCGGAUUUGGAAUCCUUUGCGCCGUUUAUGGUGUAUUAAAUGGAAUUAAUGUGUCUCAGAAAGCAAUAAUGCUUUCAGAAAUUCUUGGAGAGGAAAAUAUUUCCAGUUCUUUCGGACUUACCAUUUGCUUCCAGGGAUUAGGUGCUUUAAGUGGACCCCCUCUAUCGGGUAAGUUAUAA